CUUUACCCUGCUAUUGACAACUCUCUAUUUCAUAUCUCACUGCUUGAUCAGAUAUACCGUGACUCUGCUGUUUCGUUCCGCAGCAUCUCCUUUCAUUGUUGUUCCUUUCCUCUCUGACCAACAUCCCGGAUUAUCACCCAGUCAAGCGCCUCGUAUCACCAAGUUCCGCAAAUAUGGCACACCAGGAUGAGCCUUGCCGUAUCCUUGUCAUGGCCUCUGGCAAUGGCUCAAACUUCCAGGCGUUAAUAGACGCUAUCGCUGGCGAUGCCAUUCCCAACAGCAGAAUUACUCGCCUGAUUGUGAAUCGCGCAAAGGCAUUUGCUACCACUCGAGCAGAAAAGGCAGGCAUCCCAUGGGAAUACUUCAACAUGAUCAGCAACGGGUUCCUCGCAAAAGGGGAGAAGGAUGAAACGAAGAUCGCAGAGGCAAGGAAACAGUACGAUGCUGCCCUGGCAGAAAAGAUCCUGAAGCUGGACGAAAGGCCGGAGUUGAUCGUCCUGGCAGGCUGGAUGUGGGUGUUUUCGUCAGAAUUCUUGAGGCCGUUGGAAGAGGUGGGCAUCAAGGUCAUCAACUUGCAUCCCGCAUUACCUGGGCAAUUUGACGGGGCUCAUGCGAUUGAGCGAGCCUACGAGGAUCUCAAGGCCGGAAAGAUCCAGUACACCGGCAUCAUGGUUCACUAUGUCAUCCAAGAAGUCGACAGAGGUGAUCCCAUCAUGAUUCAGGAGAUUGAGUGGGAAGGAGAGGACCUUGAAGCUCUGGAGGCAAAGAUUCACGAACACGAGCACGAGCUCAUCGUCAAGGCGACAGCAAAGGUUGUCCGGGAGAUCGUCGAGGCCAGGAGGAAAUGAGUAUCUAAACUGGCGCUCCG